AUGGGUUCAUCGCAAAAGAAGUACCGCUCAUCAGCUGCCUUUCGACAUCCGCCCAUCACACCAGGUUCGUCUGGCUCGAAGACUCGCAAUGCAACUCGGGCAGCGAGCCGCGCAUCUACAAACCCAAGGAGCUCGUUCCCACUGCCAGCACCAUCGGCAACAAGACAGUUGCGAACGCCUUAUCAGACAACAGAUACUGCAAAUGAGGCACAGCAAUACGAUUCUGGCGAGGAUGAUUUGGGCCAUGUCAUUGCUGCCAUUGACCUGAAGGAUUACGGCACGGUGGGAUGUGCCUACUACUCUGCGGAGGAGGAGAAACUAUACCUGCUUGGAGACAGUCGGUCCGGAGGAAUGGAAGCAAUUGAUGCCUUGAUUCUUCAAAUCAAGCCUACGGUCAUUUUGACGCCCUCCCGAGUCGAGAUCCCCAGUGCACGGGGCCGAGAGCAGAGUCUGGCUCAUGACAAUGAUUCCUCGUCUUAUUUACCUUAUCAGGUGGACGUCCGCCCAAACCAAGAAUUCAGCUUCUCCAACGCUCAAAUCAGUUUGGUCGCCUUGGACAUGUCAUCGUCUCACGAGGAACGGAUCCGUUUUUUUGUCCCAAGUAGUGGCCUAACUGGCCCAGAGGAGGUCAAUCCUGAAGACAUGGGCUUCUCACUACAUGAGGGAAGACUUUUGCACGUAUCCAGCUCCGUCGAUAUGGAUAACCCAGUGUCGAUUGGAUGUGCGGGUGCUGUUCUUACCCAUCUACAAAGGCGUCGAGCGACAGCUACGCGAAUAGGGCCCCUGGAUGACUGUCCGUUCAAGGUUCAAUCUUUGGAGAUGUUCAGUCUCCAGGAUUCCAUGUGGAUCAGUAGCAACACGUUCUUGUCACUCCAGAUCAUACAAUCCGAGGCUCACCCAAACAUGUUCAAUCAGGGUCCCGGCACCAAAUCAGCCUCAGGAAAAGAGGGUCUCUCGGUAUAUGGCUUGUUUCAUCGAUUCGCAUACACCCCUCAAGGCAAAGCCAAACUCAAACAGAUCUUUUUCCGCCCAAGUCUGGACAUUUCCUCAAUCCGACAACGACAUGAUUUUAUUGGGGUCUUCUCCCGGCCCGAUAAUCUGGCGGCUCUGGAGAAGAUUACAAAGGGCCUAAAGAAUAUCAAGAAUCUUCGGCCAGUGAUGAUCAAUCUGCGGAAAGGGAUCAGUACUGGGAGUGCGAAGAUGACGGGAUUCAAAGCUACCGUGUGGGCAAGCUUGUUAGCUUUUGCAUUUUACUCAAUCGACAUUCAUGAUGCUCUUCGGGAGGUCUCGGGUGCCAACAUCUUGCCCUUGCAGACAAAGGCUCUCCAAGUGUUUGAGGCAGCACAACUCUAUCGCGUGGGACGGAUGAUCCAAGAGAUAGUCGACAUUGACAACUCAGAAGAGCAAGGCAGAACCGUCGUUAAGCAGGGUCUUGAUCGAGAGCUUGAUAGAAUGAAAGAUCGAUACGAUGGUCUGAACAGUCUUCUCAAAAAUGUCGCCAUCGACAUUGCCACGACGAUUCCGGAGCAGCUGGACAUCGAUGUGAACGUUAUCUACUUUCCGCAACUCGGAUUCAACAUCGCUAUCCCACUCAAUGAUCGAGGCCAGGCAGCCUACUCUGGUUCUGGUGAAGACUGGGAGCUGGUGUUCAUCACAGAGACGCGAGCGUAUUUCAAAGACUUUCGAAUGCGGGAGCUCGAUGACAAACUGGGAGAUAUCUAUGGGCUUAUAUGCGAGAAAGAGAUUGAGAUCGUUUACGAUAUGGCUCAGAGGAUUCUCCAAUAUGAGAACGUGCUCGUGGAGGCGUCCGAUGUCUGCGGAGAGCUCGACAGCCUCCUUGCUCUCACACAGGCAGCUAGCUUUUAUAAGUUGAGUCGACCACGAAUGGUACUCGAGAAUGUUGUCAGGAUCAAAGGAGGCCGUCACAUACUGCAAGAGUUGACGGUGUCUUCAUAUGUUCCAAACAAUUCUCUGCUCAUGGGUGGACGCCAAACCCAGGCAGACAAUUCAACUGCAUCGUCACAGGUGACCCCGGCUCCCAGCAUGCUAUUACUGACCGGUCCAAACUACUCUGGCAAAAGUGUUUACAUGAAGCAGGUUGCUCUUAUCGUCUAUCUGGCGCAGAUCGGGAGCUUUGUGCCUGCAGAGAGUGCAGAGUUGGGAAUCACCGAUAAGAUCCUGACGAAGAUCAAUACCCAGGAAAGUGUGUCAAAGAUACAAAGUACCUUCAUGAGCGAUCUGCAGCAAAUCUCACUUUGCCUGAGACAAGUGACUGGCCGAAGCCUGGUCCUCAUUGAUGAGUUCGGGAAAGGAACAAAUGAGAGCGAUGGUAUUGGACUCGCUUGUGGUGUCCUCGAGCAUUUACUCAGUCUCGAGGACCCUCCAAAGGUGAUCGCAGCCACACACUUCCACGAGAUAUUCGAGAAUGACUUCCUCCCACUUCGACCUGAACUUCAACUGGGCCACAUGGAGGUUAAAGUCUGCGAGGAGUCACGAGAGGUGGAAGACCAGGUCACAUAUCUUUACAACUUUCGUCUUGGUCGAAGCAACAAGAGUUACGGCACUAUUUGCGCUGCAAUCAACGGAAUCGAUGCGGCUAUCGUUGCUCGCGCGAAUGAGAUUGCAUUACUAGCAGCCCGAGGCGAGAACUUGAUCGCUGCAUGUGCAGUUUUAUCCCCCGAGGAGAUUCAGAACCUUCAAGAAGCGAAUCUCCUCGCCAGAAAUUUCCUGGAGCUCGACCUCUCGAAAGAUGACGAAUCGGGACAAGAUACCAAAACAGCACUCGAGGCAUUAUUUAUGACGCCGGCGUGA